AUGGAUGAUGCUAUCUCCCGGUUUCUGAUAGCAUCUGCUGCUGUAUGCCAGGCGGCAUGGGCGGACGGACAACAGUUCAAUCCUGCAGAGAAACAUGAUCUGACCAGCGCAUCUACGAAUCUCCGUCACACCAUUCAGUCGCUGCUCAACACGACAGCGGUUGAUAUAGGUGAAACCGCGGCCCUUGUUCAUGCGUGUCGCAAAGUGGGACGCGACCUUGCGGUACGUCUUGAUCGCGCUGAGAAUCUUGUCCAUGAAGAGGCGUCCCGGCUCCGUGAUGUAUGGACGCAAGACGCCAUCGAAGCUCUUGUAACACGGAUUGUUGCUCUCAUGCGCCAAUACCAAACUCUAAACCCUGGAUCAGAUGUCCUUGUCGAAGACGAACAAGCUCUCUCGCGCCUCAGGUUCAAUACGUCCCGAAUACAGUUAACAGACAGAAAUGAAGGAGAAUCACAGUCUACUCCGAGUACAAUCAGUUCUCUCCCCGAGAGUAUCGUGAGCGUACUUGCGUCGAGGAAGCCUUCGCAGCCUAGAUACGCUCCAGUUAGCCUCCUCAAUGAAUUUAUUCUCGAUACCCUGGCGUUUAAAGGCAUGUCUGACCGGGAAAAUAGUGUUGCUAAAGCACAUGAUAAAACGUUCGACUGGAUCUUUGGUGCAGAUGAUUGCCAGGACCCAAAGAAGGAUGACUUUCGACACGGAUUUGCCGCAUGGCUCGAGACGAACGACCCCGAGCCCAUAUACUGGAUGACGGGCAAGCCCGGGUCCGGUAAAUCAACCCUGAUGAAGUAUCUUUACAAACACCCUGCCACACAGACUUUACUUCGGAAAUGGGCAGGUUCACAACCCGUCUCGACCGCAGGAUUCUUCUCCUGGGCCAGUGGGAGCCAGGAGCAGCGGUCCGAAAGCGGACUGCUCAGGUCUCUUUUGUACCAGUUGCUCUCGGCCAACCCACAUCUCAUGCCUCGCACUUUCCCCAGCCUGUGGAACAAGAUCCGCACCAUGACCUCCAAGGAGAGGAUCGCCCUCCACCUCGAAUGGGACUUGGAUGAGCUCCUGGAUGCCUUUCAACUAUACGUGGGUGUAGCACGCCCAGAAAUGAAAACCUGUCUGUUCAUUGACGGCCUUGAUGAAUUCGAGGAUGAUCACCAGGCACUCGUCGGAUUUUUUAAAGGUCUCGGCCUUGGUAGGAACAUCAAAAUGUGUCUCUCUUCGCGUCCUUGGGAUGUGUUCGAAGUUGCAUUUCAAACCACAGGACCUAGUAUCAAAUUACAAGAAAUCACGGAGAACGACCUGUAUCGAUACGCUGCUGACAAGCUAGAAGAAAGUGUUGCUGUUCGUCGCGUUCUCAGACGUGAUACUCAAGGGACAGAGACAUUGUGCCAGAUGAUAGUUGACCGGGCAGACGGGGUCUUCUUAUGGAUCAAGCUAGCUUUGGACGACAUCCUCAAAGGGUUUAAUCUGGAAUCCGGUGUUUCCGGAUUGCGGGAAAGAUUGGACCAACUUCCAGCCGAGCUAGAAGGCUUGUACGAAAAGUUCUUGUUUCAGGAUCAAACUGACGUUCAGCUCGCCGAGACGGCAAGUUUUCUUUUCCUGAUCGAAUCCCGAGAGAUGGUAGCUAGCUUUGUAAACGACGUAUCAGCCGGCUCCCUCACGGUAUGGGAACUAGCCUUUGCACUCGAGCAAGACGACGACGACUAUGCCGUCAACGGGGAGGUGACAAAGGUAUCCGACACGUUUAUUCAGGGACGCUGUAGCGACACUGUCGAGCGCAUGCUCCAGCGAUUUGCUGGGCUUUUAGGCCUUCAGGGGAACCAAAGUCAAGGUCGCCAUCGUACUCAAAGAUUCUCAGACAACAGCGGAGUUGACGACGGUGCAUCUCUACGCCAACUAGCAGACAACAAAGUCACCUUCAUUCAUCGCACAGUACGCGAUUGGCUGCGAGUUGAUCAUGUACAUAGGCGGCUUGAACAGAGAAUACCAGCUGACUUCGACCCCCAUUUACGGCUGUUGCGAUCAUAUGUUCUCCGGCUCAAAAGACCGAUAGAAGAAGUCGAGCAUCAUCGACGGCUUGACGAGUGGUGGCCGGACGUGACUCUCGCCAUGACUCACUCUAGAUAUAUUGUGGUCGAUACGAGGAAUAUACAACGUCGGUUUCUAAACCAGCUCAAUAAAACUCUAUCGUGGCUGUGGGAUGGCAAGGCGGAUCCGUACGACCAUUGGGCUGCCAACGCUUUCGGAUUCUUCCAAGUUCGGAAGAAGGCGCCUCCAAUAUGGCAUCCUUUCCUAUGUUUAGCCACCAAGUUUGGCUUGACGACCUACGUUUCUGAAGAACUAGACGCAUGCAUAUUGCAAGACAACGAAGGUGUUCUCAGCAACGACAGGAUGCCAGAUAUAGACGAGAAAGCCACUCCCCUUCUCACGUAUGCAACCGAGUUUCUAUGCUCGCAAAAGAGGACUAUUUACCCACUAUCGGAUCCCUGCAUGGUUCGGAAUCUUCUCAAUCGGCCACAUCGCAUCAACCCCGGCCCGAACCACGAGUACACUGACUUUGAAACUAGAGUCCCAAUGAGUUCGUGGGUGAACCUUUUACGGCAUCUCCGAGAAGCGCGCCGCCGGCGCAUGAUAGAAUAUUUUGACACUGAUCCGAACGGCACUGCGCGGUGGGCAGAGAUUUUACGCCUCUUUUUGGAGGGCGGUGCUGAUGUUGAUGCUGUGGUUGCGGCGGACCGUUGGGACCCGGAAAUCUCGACAGCUGGUGUUAUCGAGUUGUUGGCCGACACAUAUGGUGCUGUAGAGCUGGAAGAUAUUAAGCGUAUGAUCAUCGAAAAGACCUAG